AACGGGGAUGCAGCGCACGCGCCCGACUGAGGCAGUUGCCGCGUGGGCCGGCAUUCGUUGGGCUAACGGUCCCACCUGCCGCCCAGCGGGAGGGAGCCUGAGGGGAACAUGGACAAAAGAUACCUAACCCAGAUGGAUGAGCAGAGCACCUUGCCCAAAACAAAACUGGUGUCUCGUCUCCAGUUGGGACCAGAGAAUAGAGAAAUACCACAUAUGGUUGAAGGAAGGAAUAUUAUGCAUGAACAAGCUGUCCACAUUGAGGAAAACAGCAGUUCACUGUCCUCUUCAGUAUCGAAGUAUCCUACUGCACUCCGUACAGCAGUUUACAGAACAGGCACAGAAAGGAAACACAAAACAACAGUAAAGGAAGGAAAGAUGGGCUUUGAAUAUGUACUCUCAAGAAAACUGAGAGAGUGUCCUGAAAUGGCUCAUUGCGAGACGAUGAUAUCCUUAGAGCUGAAGAAUGACACUGGAAAGAAACUUUCUAUGAUUCCUGUUCAUGAAAAAGUUCAGCAUGUUAUUGGCACAUCAGUGUCUUCUACCAUAGAUAGUGAAGAUGAUGAUAAAGAGACUGAAAUUCAAACAGUUGUUUCAGAACCAAGUUGCCAUACAAAGAUCUGUAAACAACAGAAAGCUGGAACAUCUCAUAACAAACCUAUUAGGGAAAAAGUUUACUCUUAUGAUAGAACAGAACCAAUUGAUGAUGUGAUAAAGCAUAUUUUGAGGCUGAGAGGCAAACUUGGCUGGCAAACAGUAUUACCACCACGUGGAUACAUAGCUGAAGAGACGAAGGCGACUAUAAUUCAGAAGAUUGCACUUCAGAGACCUUUAUUACUGAAAGAUAGUGGAGAAUAUGUAUAUUGUCUCAGAAGAAGCAGGAACAACCCUAAGGCUCCCUAUAAUCCAUACGAUCUUCAAGUUGUCUCUGCAAAUUCAGCUAGACAUAAUAAAGAAUAUUGGACCAUUACUGCUUCAUUUGUAUCCAAGUUUUCUGUAUUACACAAAGCAGAAGAAAUGGAAAUAAUUCCUGUAAUAGAAUGGCUAUGUGAAAGACAACUUUAUUACAUGAUAUGUAAUUUUAAUGUGUUUUCCAAUGUCAGAAUGAAGAAAUAUUUUUUCACCUGGAAAAUCAAUGUUCGAAGAGCUAAGACAACCAAGAGCAAAACUAUGAUGUACAACCAGCUUUUUUUGGCUGAUGAAUUAUUUCUAAGCUGCUUGCUUUAUAUCCAAGGACUGUGCGAAGACGCAUGUAACAUUAAUUGCUGCCAAGGAUCAGAAGAUAAUGCAAUUUAUUUGAUAAAGGUGGACAGAUCUCGCACAUAUUCGUUGGAUGAGUUUUGUGAGGAGCAAUAUCAACAGAACAAAGAAGCACUUCAUCAGCUACAGGCUUUCAGGGAGAAAGUAAUUAAAGCCAUUCAAAGUACUUUUUUAAGGGUGGCAGAAAUGAAGGGAGCUCAAAACCUUUUUCAGUCUGUGCCAAGUGACAGCAAAGAAAAUCCAAAAUAUGCUGAGAUAAGUGAAUGGCGUCAGAUGAUGAAACGCUUUUCAAGGUUUCUUCUGCUAGUUGACAAGAUCUUCCAAGAACUGCUACGUAAACUGGUGCACAAUGCUGUCCAGCUGCUACUGGAGUUAUUUAAGGGUUCCAGCAAUGUGACCAAUCCAGAUGAAAAGAAGAAUGAAAACCUUAUAAGUAUUUAUAAGAACACUCUUGUGCGACUAUCUGGCCAGUUGGAUGUAGAAUACAGUUCAGUAGGAGUAUCUAAAGAUUUCAUUCGAGAUUUUGAGAGAGCAUCUCAAGAACCAUCUUUCCGUUCAAGGGAGGACAAAGUUUUAAAACCUGAAAUAAUUACUGUUGCUGAUAUUGACAAGGUGCUAGAAGAUGUAAAAAAGCAACUGGAAGGAGAGCAAGAAUAUGCACCAGUAUUUGAAGUAAAUAUAGGUCUAAGAAUUCCUUUUGAGAAGAUUAAUGAUAGGGGCAGUCAUCCGGAGGAUGAUCUGGAGUCCUGUGAGAUGCAAGAUGAUGAUUAUUUUUCACUGACCUCAGUAGAGUUUCUGAAGCAAAGGUUAAAAGAUGAUGAAAAUUUGAAAAGUUGGUCCCAGAGUAACAGUAAAAGGGCAUGUGGGGAGCUGUCGGAAAAUACAAAGAAACAAGAGACAUUUAAAUUAAGUCAAGGAAAAACUGACUUUUCUGGCGGCAAAGCAGAAGUCAACCCUGAAUCAGAUAAUAAAGCAGAAUUAAAACAGGAAUGUUCUUCAUCAUUCUGUACAGAUAUCUUUUUAAUUCCCAAUAGAAGACAGUUUUCUAAAAAAUUACAAGGAAUUGUGGAUGGUCUAGAAAAUACUACCGGGAUUGUCUCUGAAAGGGUUUAUUCAAUACCUAAUUGGGAUGAAAAUCUACAUUAUCACUCUCAUAUGCCCUGGUACCAACCUCCCUGGAGCCCUCCCUCUCUCGCAUAUGGGGAAUCACAAUGGCCUUUUUGGAACAUGUGGGAACCUUUUGGGGAUAGAUAUGUGACAGUGUUCAUAACUCUUUUAGUAGUAGACAUUGUCACUGAAAGGUCAAAGCAUGCUCAGGUUAUUCCAUUUUCUCGUGAUACUCAUCUGUCAGUCUUCAUCACUCAGUCUUUACAUAAAAUAAUGCAGUCACCUGAAAGUUGUACGGAAUUGUGGGAAAAAGAGUAUCCAGUUCCAUGGCCCAAUUGGGAGCUACUUCUAGGAACAGAUCCAUGCUACCAAAACAAAAUUUUGACUCUUCUGUCUAUUCUUAGUAGUUCAAUGGAACAAGUUGAAUCUUAUAGCAGAAACUUUUUGCGAUACUGUGCCAUGGUGAAUGAAGCUAAAACUAUGAAUAUGGAAAUCUUAGCACUACAAAGGGAAUUAUCGUCACAUGAUUUCAGAGGAAUCUUAAAUAAGUAUACAGAUGAUGUAAAUGAGAUUAUAUGUAUGACUAUUGAAAGACGCAUUCAUAUGAUUAAGGUCAGAAGUGUUAAAUAUCAAACAGACUGCCUGCCAUAUUUUGAAACCCUGGUUAAUAUAAUACGUUCAUCAUUGUAUGCAAUAGUUGAAGCAAAGAACUCACAUCUCUCAGAAGUUAUCCAUUCAGCACUUAGAAAGCUGGACAAAGAUCUCACAACAGUGGAAGAAUUUAUUGAGCACUUGACUUUUCUGAGCCAAAUUUCCUCAGAGUUGCCAAUGCUAGAGACUCAGUAUAACACUCUUUCCCAAUUGUAUUCUAUUGCAAGAGCCUAUGACUUCUUUAUUCCAGUUGAACAGUUUGCCUUAUAUCAGACCCUUACUCGCAGUCUGUACGAUCUUAAAUCAAGUAUCCUUAUUUGUGAAAAAGGAAAAAGUGACAAUAUUAUAAAAUUCAGUGCAGAUUUGGAUGGCUAUUUUGGCAACCUACAGUUUGAACUUAGGAACUUUAAGAACAAAGUGAGAAAUCCAGUUCUCCUCCUUAGCAAAACAUUGCCUAAGACAGCUAAAGAGAUGAUCCAAAGUCUUGUGGAAGAAGCUGCAGUUAUUUCUAACAAAUCCAGAAGUUAUGCAAAUUACCAGGAUCUCUUUGACAGUUCCAUUGCUGACAUGAGAUCAUUGUCAUUGGAAAGGAUGUCACAGAAGAAUCAAGUUGGAGACUCAAGUCCUCAGAGAGUGAAUAAAGAGCUCUCUGAAGUCGAAAGUGAAUUAUCUUUGCGAAAACUCUUGUGGGACUUACUAGAGGAAUGGGGGAAGCUUUCUUUUAGGUGGAAACAUACACUUUUUCAGAAUGUUGAUGUAGAUUUAAUACAAAAGGAUGUUAGUAGAUUUAUGCAGACAAUACAGAUUCUAGAAAAAGGUUUACCAGAAAAUACUAUUAUAAUAGGUCUGAAGCAGUCACUAAGCGAUUUUAAAGAAGGCCUAUCUGUGAUUGUGUCUUUAAGAAGUCCAUGUCUUCAACCAAGGCAUUGGGAGGCUAUACAGUAUAUUAUUGGGAAAUCCAUUUCUUGGGAUAAAAAGUUUACCCUGGAGGAUGUUCUGCAACUCAAUUUGUUUCAGUACAAGAAAGAAAUCGGUGAUGUAUCAGUAACAGCAACCAAUGAAGCUACCCUUGAAAUAAUGCUGAAUAAGAUAAUUAACCUUUGGAAUAAAACUAAUUUCCGUUUGUCUCCUCACCGCUCUGAAACUUCAACUGUCAUGAUUAUUUCAUCUGCUGAAGAUGUAAUGGCUCAGUUAGAAGAAUCUCAAGUAACAAUUUCAACAAUUAAGGGUUCUUGCUAUGUUGGGCCAAUUAAGAACCUUGUAGACGCAUGGGAUCAUACGUUAAAUCUCUUCUCUCGCACCCUGGAGGAAUGGUUGACUUGCCAAAGGAAUUGGAUUUACCUGGAACCAAUCUUUCAUGCUCCAGAAAUACAAAGGCAGCUUCCAGCAGAAGCAAGUCUUUUCUCUCAGGUCAAUAACAAAUGGAAAGAGAUAAUGGCAUGUACAGAGGAUGACCCAAAUGCUCUUAGGGCAGCCACAACUGCAGGAGUCCUUGAGAUGCUGCAGACCAACAAUGCACAUCUUGAAAAAAUACAGAAGUCUCUUGAGGACUAUCUUGAGAUUAAACGAAUGAUUUUCCCAAGGUUUUACUUUCUCAGCAAUGCUGAACUUCUUGACAUUUUAGCUGAAAGCAAAAAUCCUGAGGCUGUGCAGCCUCAUCUUGUGAAAUGUUUUGCGAAUAUCAGGAAGUUAUAUAUACGCAGACAUGACCAGAACUCUCCGGUGGUGGUGAUGAUCAGUUCUGCUGAAGAAGAGACUCUCUUCGUGCCAAAGAUUAUUCGUAUUAGAGGCCCUGUUGAGCAGUGGCUAGGAAAUGUAGAGAGCAGCAUGUUUGACAUGGUAAAAAAAUUUGUAAAUAUUGGAAUGGUAGAGUGGAAUCAAAUGGAAUUUAAACAGUGGUUUCUGACUCAUCCAGGACAGGUGGUACUUCUUGUGAGCCAAAUUAUGUUUAAUAAGGAUUGUACAAGAAGUUUCCAGAGUUCUGAUCCAAAAAUGGCACUGACAGGAAUCCAUGAUGAACUAGUCCAUCAUCUAGAGCAGCUUGCAGAGAUGGCAUCUGACAUUCUUCAGUUUCACAAGCAAGCCACACUAGAGGCGUUGCUUACUCUGUACAUCCACUGUAGGGACAUACUUUCCAGUCUGAUAGAUAAACAAAUCUUCAAAAGGGAGGAUUUUGAAUGGACAAGGCAGUUGCGUUAUGAAUGGAAUGAAAUGAACACCACAUGUAGGGUAGUUCAAGGUAAUGCCUCCUUUAUUUAUGGCUAUGAGUACUUGGGCUGUUCCUCUCGAUUGGUUAUUACACCGCUCACCGACCGAUGUUGGUUAACCCUUACUGGAGCACUACACUUGAAUCUAGGAGGCUGUCCUGCUGGUCCAGCUGGUACAGGAAAAACCGAGACUGUCAAAGACCUGUCUAAAGCCAUGGGAAAACUCUGUGUGGUUUUUAAUUGUUUUGAAGGUUUGGAUUAUCAGAUGAUGGGAAAAUUCUUCUGUGGACUAGUUCAGUCUGGAACAUGGUGUUGUUUUGAUGAGUUCAAUCGCAUAGAUAUAGAAGUUCUGUCUGUAAUUGCUUCACAAAUUCAGACAAUCAAGGCAGCCAAAGAUAGACAUGUUAUCAGAUUUGUGCUGGAAGGAAAAGAAAUCCGUAUCAAUACAUCCUGUGGAAUCUUUAUUACCAUGAAUCCUGGGUACAAAGGCCGAGUAGAACUCCCAGACAAUUUAAAAUCUCUGUUUCGACCUGUCUCAAUGAUGGUACCAGAUUAUCAACUCAUUGCUGAAGUAAUGUUAUUUUCAGAAGGUUUCAAAUCAGCAAAGUCGCUCUCUGGGAAAUUGGUCAAUCUUUACCAGUUGGCUUGCAAUCAGCUGUCACAACAGGAUCAUUAUGAUUUUGGUAUGAGAGCCAUAAAAACAGUGUUAUUGAGGGCUGGACAGAAGAAAAAAGAAUUAAAAAUACAAAAUUAUUAUACUAGUGUUCCUGCAGAAGAAGAAACACUCAUUAUAAUCAAUUCAUUGAAAGAAGCUAAUUUACCCAAGUUUCUUGCAGAAGAUGUUCCUCUGUUUGAGAACAUUAUGGCAGAUCUGUUCCCAGGAAUUACAGUUCCAAGAGUAAGCACUCACAAACUAGAGAAAUCAGUAGCUGUUGCAAUGCAACAGUUACGUUUGCAGCCUUGGGCAUCUCAGAUAGAAAAAGUUUUACAGUUUCACAAUCAAAUUCUGGCUCGGGUUGGUGUGAUGUUAGUAGGCCCUACAGGUGGAGGGAAGACAACUGUUAGAACAAUUUUAGAAAAAGCCUUGGUAAUUUUACCAACUUUAUGUUUGGAAAAAAUUUCAAAAAAUGAUGCUGUUUUGCAGAAUGCACCGAAGAAAGGAAAAGUGGAUACUUUUGUAAUAAACCCAAAGUGUGUCAGUGUUGGUGAGCUGUAUGGACAGACUGAUCCUAAUACUAUGGAGUGGUCUGAUGGAUUAUUGGCAACAGCAGUUCGAACAUUUGCAAAACAUUCAACAAAAAAAUCUAAAAAAAUGGAGGCAAACACUGAUGCAGCUACAAGAAUACUGGACGCUUACACGUUGAACGCAAUGGAUCUAACUGACGCUGCUGUGACUGCAAAAAACAAAGAAGUAACAGAAUCUUCAUACUCACACAGUAAAACUAUUACUGAUUGGCAGUGGAUAAUCUUGGAUGGACCAGUAGACACAGUUUGGAUAGAAAACUUAAAUACUGUGCUAGAUGAUACCAGAACUCUGUGUCUUGCGAAUAGUGAAAGAAUCUACUUACCAUCAGGAAUCAGAAUGAUAUUUGAAACGGACAGUCUCUCUCAGGCCAGUCCUGCUACUGUCAGUCGAUGUGCAAUGGUUUUUGUGGACCCAAGUAAUCUGGGAUGGGAACCUUAUGUAAAGACAUGGCUGUUGAAAGCUUCCAGAAUAAUUACACAAAGUGGCUCGGAGUGUCUUGAAAGUUUAUUUGAAAAAAGUAUAAAAAAAGGACUAAAUUUUUUAGAUAAACACAAGAAAAUGCAGCCAUUUCCCGUGCAGCAGAUGGGAAUUGUAAUGAAUCUCUGCAGAAUCCUUGGUGCUUUUAUUGAUAUAAUGAGCAAAAAUGGACUCUUCUGUCACAGUGUUGAACGUCAGGAUGCUGUUGCAGGUACUUCAAAAGUGUCCCAAACCCAUUAUCUCAGCUCUCAACUGACAGUUGAAGCCAAAGCACUAAUUGCAAAGGCCUCAGUAGAAAAGAAAAGGGAAGAUCAGAAAUGGUUUUUGGAAAAGUAUCCUGAUAAAUUGCCAUCAUUGUUAGAGAAACUCUAUGUCUUUGCAUUUACUUGGGCAGUUGGAGGAGUUUUAAGACGAGAGACUGAUUAUGAGGAAGAGUCUCUGAUUGGCAUAAAUACCAAAGAUGAGUCUCUUGUAACUGUAACACGUGGUUUCAGUAACUUUGUUCGUGAUAUAUUUGAAGGAGAAUCACCUAUUGGCAUUCAGUUCCCAGCUGGAGACAGGGUUAUCUUUGAGUAUUUUGUGGAUUUACAAACAGGUGACUUUGCACCAUGGACAGACUUAGUUCCUACCACUCAGUUUCUAAUUCAACAAGAGACUACAUCAUUUUCUGAUUCCCUGAGAUCUGGGAGUAAUAAAGAUGUGAACCCUGGAAGAAGAGAUACUCUAAAGCUUAUACCCAAUAUGGAAACAAUUUGCUAUUCUUUUCUAACAAGCCUUCUUUUAAUGAAUAAACAUCCAGUACUUAUCACAGGCGACUCUGGUAUUGGGAAGACUGCCAUGAUUCAAAAUAUGCUUGAAAGACUUCAGAAACAAGGGGGAUUCUUUGUAAAAUCCAGAACAAUUUUAGGAGAUGUCGUCUUACAUAAUGAAAUUAAAAAAGCAAGCAUGUUAAAGAAUUCCAGUCACUUAACAUUUGAUAUGCCCCAAGAUGCUCAGAAGAGAGUGUGGCCCUCAACUGGAGACUUGGAUUUGAAGUCAACAAAGGGGCCAUAUUCUGCAAGUGAAACUGGUGACAUUGCUCCAUCAUCUGAAAGAAUCAAGGGUGUUAUAGUUUCCACAAUACAGUGUGGUGCCCACACGAGUGCUGCCCAAAUACAGGCAAGGGUUCGUCAGAAAUUAAUACUAAAAAGUAAAGAUACUCUUGGUGCACCAAAAUCCAAACAGGUGAUAAUGUUUAUUGAUGAUCUGAAUAUGCCAAUACCAGAGGAGUAUGGUGCCCAGCCGCCACUUGAAACAAUCAGACAGUUUUUAGAUUUAGGAGGUUUUUAUGACACUAAGCAACUUGCAUGGAAGAAUAUCCAUGAUGUCUCACUGGUUGCAGACUGUGCCCCUCCAAGUGGUGGAAGAAAUGAGAUUAGCCCACGUCUUCUCACACACUUUUGUCUGUUGGUUCUGCCCCAACCUUCCUUACAAUCCUUACAACGUAUUUUCCAGAUCACAUGGACCAAAGAAAAAUUGAUGGAGGAGUCAACCAUAUUUGUGGAUUUUCUGGAUAUGAACACACCUCUUGAAAGUAAAAUCUAUCGAAACAUCACUAACUAUGAAAAACUUGUUUCUGUCUUGGAAGAAUUUCAAACUAAAAUGAACUCAACGAAUACUAAGACUUCAAUGGUGUUCUUUAAGGAAGCUGUAGAACACACUACAAGGGCUGCUAGAGUCUUUCGGCAACCAGGCGGCCACAUGAUGCUAGUUGGUCUGGAUGGAAAUGGGAAAAUAACCUGUGCGACCCUAGCCUGUUAUUUAUCAAACUGUAGUCUCUUUAGAUUGUCUGUUACCCACAGUUACAGCUACACAGAUUUCAUAGAGGACCUGAAAAGAGUCUAUAGACAAACAGGGCUGGAGGGCCAGAACACUGUUUUGCUCAUCACUGAUUCAGAUAUAGUUCAGGAUUCUUUUUUAGAACAUUUGAGCUUCAUUCUGAAUUCUGGAGAAGUGCUUGAUUUAUUUGAUAAGGAGGAGUUGGAAGGUAUUGUUGUGAAGCUUACAGCUGUUGCCGAAAAGGCUAACUACUCUAACAGCAGAGAAGCAAUUCUUUCAUUUUUCAUGCAGAGAGUACAUAGCAAGCUUCAUAUUGUUUUGACGACAAGUCCUGCAGGACUUAACUUCCGUCAACUUUGUCGGAUAUAUCCUUCCAUUGUUAAUUGCUCUACCAUUGACUGGUACAACAACUGGCCUGAAGAAGCUCUCCUGCAUGUUGCAAAAAGCUACUUUAGCCAUGAAGACAUUUGUGAUGACAGUGAGAACUUAACAAACAUGGUUGCCCAGGUAUGUGUUGAAAUCCACAAAAGUGCAUCUACAACAAUGGAGAAAUAUUUGAAGGAAACUAAAAGGCACUACUACAUCACUCCUAAUAGCUAUUUGCAAUUCAUAGACACCUUUUUAAGCAUAUUACAGAGCACAAAAAAGAAAAGUCUGUUUAACAGGGCUUGUUUUUACAAUGGUCUGGCCAAGCUUCUGGAAGCAACAUCAUUGGUUGCAGAAAUGCAAGAAGAGUUGCUUACCCUGGGCCCUCAGAUAGAGCAAAAAUCAAAGGAGAUAGAAGAACUCGUGGAAAAACUUCAUAGAGACUCACUAGUAGUGGAGCAGGUUCGAACUCUUGUUAAACAGGAUGAAGAAAUCAUGGCUGAGGAAACAAAAGUUGUGGAAGAAUAUGCUCGGCAAGCAACUGAAGAGCUAAAUGCUGUUUUGCCAGCUUUAGAAAAGGCCCUCGCUGCUCUAGAUGCAUUGGACAAAGCUCACAUUGCAGAACUCAGAGUAUAUACUCAUCCUCCUCCUCUUGUACUAACUGUUAUGAAUGCAGUUUGCAUUCUUCUGCAAAAAAAACCUAGUUGGGCAACAACAAAGCUCCUCCUUGCAGAUGCAGGAUUCCUCAAAAAAUUGGUUACUCUGGAUAAAGAUAAUCUACCAGAAAAGGUGUUUCUGCAAUUGAAAAGAUAUGUAAGAUCACCUGACUUUAGCCCAUCAAAAGUGGGACUAGUGUCUAUUGCCUGUUGCUCCAUGUGUCACUGGAUUUUAGCUUUGGAUCACUACCAUGAAGUACAAAAGUUGAUGAAGCCAAAACAAAUCCGGGUUACAGAAGCUCAGGAAGUACUAAGACUUGCCCAUCAAAAACUGGAUGAAAAACAAAGAAGUUUGGCCUUGAUUGAAGAACAUGAACAGAAUUUAGAGGCAAGCUAUCAAGAGAGCAUAGCCCAGAAAGAAAUGCUAGCAACUCGAAAGCAACUGGCAACUCAGCGUCUACACAGAGCAUCUAUAUUAAGCACAGCUCUGGCGGAUGAGAUGGAGCGAUGGAAAGAAUCAGUUAAUAACCUGGACGAAAGGCUGCAAGGUAUUAUGGGUGAUGCCCUUGUUUCAGCAGCAUGCAUCAUCUACAGCGGAGUGUUAUCAGCAGAAUAUCGUCAGCAGCUAAUAAAUGAAUGUCUGAGAUUGUGUAAUGAGAAUAUCAUUCCCGUGUCUCCAAAUUAUUCCCUAAUAACAGCUAUGACAGAAAAAAAUGAGGUCAGUAAAUGGCAAAAUGAAGGUUUGCCUCUCGACCAGUACUCCAUUGAGAAUGCUAUCCUUGUUAAGAAUGGACAACGGUGGCCUUUACUAAUUGAUCCACAGAAACAGGCUUACAAAUGGAUUUGUCAAAUGGAGGGAGACAGGCUACGACAAAUUCAUACUUCUGAUUCCAAUUACUUAAGAACUUUAGAAAAUGCCAUGCGAAUUGGAGACUCCAUUCUGCUACAGGAUCUUGCUGAAACUUUGGAUUCAAAUUUAAAGCCAAUCUUAAGAAAGGAAAUCUACAGUAGAGGAGGUAGAGACUUCAUCAGGAUUGGAGAUGCUGAAAUUGAAUACAACCACAACUUUAGAUUAUACAUAACGACGCAAAAAGCCAACCCCCAUUUUCUUCCUGCAGUUUGUAACAUGGUCACAAUGAUCAACUUCACUGUAACAUUCCAAGGUUUGCAGGACCAACUGUUGUCCACUGUAGUAAUUCAUGAAACACCCCAGUUAGAGCAACAACGUUGUGAGUUAUUGGAGAGUAUCUCUGCUGACCAAAUCACACUCCGAGAACUGGAACAAAAGUCACUUAAACUGCUCCAGAAAACAGAAGGACACAUAUUAGAUGACCAGGACCUCAUUGACAUCUUACAAAGAACAAAAGUUACUUCAAAAGAGAUUUUUGAGCGUGUUGAAGCAUCAGCAAAAACAGAGGCCACAAUUGAAAAAACACGUAAAAACUAUCUCCCUAUUGCAACUCGAGGUGCUGUGCUCUACUUUGUAGUGGCAGAUCUUAUUAAGAUCAACUAUAUGUAUCAGUUUUCAUUGGAGUGGUUCCAUAAAAUCUUUGUAGAAUCUAUGGAUUUUGUGAAUAAACUGCAAAGUCAAAUUUCUCUGUCAGAUUCGACUUCUUCUGUAUGUGGAACAGUACGAGCCCUUAGCAGGCAGAGAAAAAGGCAUUUCACCCAAGAGCACUGGGAAGAAUGUGAGAAUGAGACAGACAGCUUUAACAGGCAUCUUAAAGAUAUAAUUGACAUGUUGACAAAUAAUGUUUAUAAGACAGUUUCUUCUGCCCUCUUCACUGAAAACCAACUCUGCUUCUCUUUCCUACUCUGCACUAAGAUCAUGCAGAAUAACUGUGGUGAAAAUCAAGCCCAAGACAAACUUGGAUUCCUACCUGUGAAUGAGUGGAACUUCUUCCUGUACUCCAGCAUGUUGGCAAAUAUUAUGGAUACACAAUCAGAGUUCGAAAAUUAUGGUUCAUAUAUGUUUAAUAAAACUCCUCAUCUCUGGAUUACUGAAUCUAUGUGGAAGGAAUGUCAGUACAUGAGCACUCACAUGCAACCUUUCAAUCUCUUGUGUGACUCCCUUGCAUCAAAUUCCCAACAAUGGAGUUCUUUCCUAAACAGUGGUAACUUAUAUUAUUUACUUAGCACACGUUACAGACCAGCAUCGUCACAACAAGAUACAGACCUGCAAUCAGAUGCACUGAAAGAAAGAAUUGGGCUUGAUAGUGCCGUGGUAGACUUUCAUUGGGAGAAUCUUUCGUCAUUUCAAAGAAUUAUAUUGAUUAAAAUUCUCAGACCAGGAAGUUUAAAUAGUGCAAUACGAGAGUUUGUUAUUGAGAAAUUAGGAGCCAGAUAUCUUCAGACUGGAGGGAUUAACUUGAAAGAAGUGUAUGAAGAUUCCAGUGCCACAACUCCAUUAAUAUUUAUUCAUUCUCAUGGAAUAGACCCAGCAGCUCACCUUCUGCGCCUUGCACAGGAAAUAAAAGGAAGCACACAGCAUGUGAAAAUGGUUUCUUUGGGACGUGGUCAGGGAAGCAAAGCUGAAGAUUUGAUACAUAAAGCACAGCUGUUGAGUGGACAAUGGGUUUUCCUCCAAAACUGCCAUCUUGCUGCAUCAUUUAUGCCCAGACUUUGUACAAUUGUUGAUUCAUUUACCCAGCCAAACAUAAACAUGGAUCCUCAGUUUAGACUAUGGUUAAGUUCCACACCUGAUCCUUCUUUCCCCAUACCUAUCCUGCAGAAAGGUUUUAAGAUGGCAAUAGAACCACCUCAGGGUCUGAAGGGAAAAUUACUUCAGACAUUUGGAUACAGUGGCAGCGGAGAGGUAACAGAAAUUAUCUUCAACAAGGUUGAAUGUGGCUUAUCAUGGAAGAAGCUGGUGUUCAGCCUGUGUUUCUUCAAUGCUGUAGUUCAUGAAAGAAAAAAAUAUGGAGCUUUGGGCUGGAAUGUCCCAUAUGAAUUUAACUCUUCCGAUUUAGAAGUAUAUCGACCCUUGUCUGCCACAGAUAGCUUACAAGACUGUAGAGCCUAUUUAGAGUCUCUGCCAGACACUGAUUCACCAGAGCUAUUUGGAAUGCACGCCUGUGCUGGAAGAGCAUUCCUGGAAUCUCAGGCACAAACCUUUAUUGAUACCAUUGUCAGUAUGCAGCCAGGAAUCAGCAUGGACACCCUGAUCAUCAGUGGUGGAAAGAGCCCAGAUGAAUUAGUACUGGAAAUAGUUUCUGACAUUCUAAGACAGCUGCCACUCACUGUAGAGGAACAAGAUACAGAACUGACACCUGGAACUGAACAUUCCUCCAAAAUGAAAAUCACACUGGGAAGCUUACUGUCAGGCCCCAUUUGGGCUGCUCUUGCAAAAGCGACUAAAGGACAUGAUCCUUUUAUCAAUUCAGCUUUGUUAACUGUUCUUCGCCAGGAGAUUGACCGAUUUAAUCAUUUAUUGUCUGUAAUAACCAUAUCAUUGCAUUCACUUCAACGAGCUAUGAAAGGAGAGAUUAUCUUCACUACAGGGUUAGAAGAACUUUAUAACUCAGUUUUGAAGUCCAAGGUGCCUGAGUUCUGGCAGCUAUAUUCCUAUAUGUCAAAUAAGUCUUUGGGAUCAUGGAUUGAUGACCUUAUUCUACGAGUGAAUUUCUUUGCAAUCUGGGCAAACCAGGUCAUCAGCUGUAUACAAUUAAGGUAUAACAGCUUAAUGAUGCUUCAGAAACAAGCCAAAACAUCUGGGAUUUCAUUCUCAUCACCGACUGGCGAUAGACCCAACAUAUCCACCAACAGCAUUCAGGGAAAUCCUAGUCGCUUCUGGCUUUCAGGGUUUUUUUUCCCACAAGGGUUUCUUACUGCUGUGCUGCAGAACUAUGCUCGUCAAAAUGGAAUCUCAGUGGAUUCUCUAACUUUUGGCCAUAGACUGCUUCCUACGAUCCACGCUGAAGACUGCAACCUCAGAGAAGUCAAAAGAAAACAAAAUAUAAUACAAACCGCAUUUAAGGGAUCUUCCCCACCUGAAAAUGGUGUUCUAGUUUUUGGUUUAUAUAUAGAUGGUGCACGAUGGAGUCCUACUACACAUGUGCUGGAAGAACCCUUUCUUCAUGACAGAUUUUAUCCACUCCCUGAAAUAGUGUUUUUACCACAACAGAUUAUCCAAACAAGACACACAUGUCCAGAUGAGGAACAAAGAGAACUAAUGCAUUAUGAAUGUCCACUUUACCGGACUCCUCAAAGAGCUGGAAUCUUGUUAUCUACAGGUCUGUCCACUAACUUUGUAACAACAAUCAGUCUACCAACCAAGAGAACUUCCAGUCAUUGGGUUACAAGGGGGGUUGCAAUGCUGUGCCAACUGGAUGACUGACAAAUUGAAAAAACAAAACAAAAACAAAACAAAAACCACCAUUUAUUGUUCAUGAAACCACAUCUUAUCUGCUGCAUUAGGAGUACUAGUAGUCAGUCAGCUAGUUACUGUACAAAUAUGAUCAAGAUAAUGUAGUACCUUCAGCACUCCUUGCGUUAAAUAAAUGUUAUUUAAAAAUCCGUAGUUUGAUGUACAGCAUGACACUGUUCCUACUUUGGUUUUAUCCAUUCGCUCACCAACCUGGUAUCUGAUUAUUCAUCUGAAGCAGUGUGUUUAAGUUUUAUAACAUCUCGGUAUAGGCUAGACAGGAAAGUAGAGCAUUCUAAGUAGCUUUAUUUAUUAUUUAAGUUUAUGAUUGAA